AUGAUUGAGCACUUUGCUAUUGCAAGCAAGGUACGGCACCUCAUAUACUCUGAUCCGAGCAGAAAACAGGUCAGUAAGGAGGACGUGAGUUAUCUCGACUUCCAGAUUGUCAACUGGCACAGAAACCUCCCUCAGCAACUGCACUGGGAUCGGGAGUCUUGGGGACAAGCAGAUGGGGAUGUAUCUGCUGGACAGCAGCGUCUCCGGAUCAUCCUCUAUCUGCGAGCGAAUGUUAUGCGCGUCAUGAUCCAUCGGCCUGUGCUGCACUCAACGGCAUCAAUCGUGAGCAACCCAAUACAAGCACAGACGGUCGUAGACAUCGCCAAAGACACGAUCCGCAUCUUGACGCAUAUCAAUCGGACGAGCAGGAUGUAUCGGGCAUCGCAGAGCUUGUUCAACGCAUUCCUCACGACAGCUUUGGCAGUCUUGUUCCUCGCGGUAUCACAUAUGCCCGAGACAUAUGCAGGGCAGGUACGUGAGGAGUUCUACAUGGCGCUGGAUCUUGUACGCGGCAUAUCAAAGGGCAGCUGGGUCAGCAAGAGGCUGUGGAAAACUAUCCGGUCGCUCAAAGAGGUAGGACCGAAGCUCGGGCUGAUGACGAGCAAUGCCCAGAGCGACCCAAACCAUUCAGCAGCAGUGGCUAUGGCCGGGCUUGCUGGACAUAAAGUUGACGAAGGUGCAUUCUUGAACCCCGGAGGAUGGAACAACAUGGGCAGUGUAUCGUCAAGCUCACCCGAUGGAAUGGUGCAAGACUUGACAAACCUGUUCGAGGCAGCAGGAGGAUACACGAAUGGGUUUGGAGCUGGUUUUGGGGCAGGAGCGCAUCAGAUGGAUGAGAGUGGAUUCGGCGGUGAGGAUGAGCUGAGCAGAAUUCUACGGGAUCUGUUCUGA